GGGCUGCACACCUUCCUUCCUCCGAUACCAUACAACGAUACUGUUCAAAGCACUGCCCACGCCCCGCAAUGCUCGGGUCGCUGCCUAUACAUCUAUUCCUGCCAUGUCGGAUGUGACUGGAGUCGCCUUCCUCGCAAGCUUUCCCGCAUGGGCUGUCCUCCUUUUGCUCGCCUUCGCACCUUCCAUUGUGCGAUACGCAUUGGCGGUGGGCCUCAUCCCCCUCGUCAGCGGCGUCACCACCUGGAUACUCAGUGUCGCAAUCGUCGUAGCUGUUCUAGCACCGCUGUCGGUUCUGCGCCUAGAUGCCAUUCAUCGGAAGUUCACAGUCCAUCGUAGCAGGCCACCUGGCAAUCUCACGCUCGGAGAGCAGAAACCCACGAAGACAAGCUACACAGCUCCGCCGCCCAAGCUUCGGGGCCUCUCCGCCAUAGCGCAGCGGAAGCUCGUGCCACUUAUCGUCAGGGACUUUGUCAAGCGAUGGCACUCUCCGAUUGUGGGGGACCAGGCAGAACCAGAUGACUGGUUCGAGGGAGAAGUGCAAAUGCUCCUUGAGCGCGUCUUUGACAGACUGGGCAGCAGAGUAGAGACUCUCGACGCGGCUAAUAUCUACGGCAGAGUGGUAUCAGAGUUCACUUCUCACCUCGAGGCAAUCAGGCUUCAGGAAACAAAGCUACGGGGCUACGUAGAUUCGGAUGAUUACGAGAGCGACCUGUUCCUAGCAAGCAGAUACAACCACUUCAGGCGGCUCCACCCAGCUAUCAAUUCACUCUCCUCCGAUACAAGACCAACGGAACUUUCACACAUGCGCAGGAUUUCGAGCCGUAUCAUUGGAGACCUUCUACCGGCUGUUGAACUGUCUACCAAAGUACUACGCAUCACCCUCGGCGAAAUUUUUGCAUGCACUAUUCUUCUGCCUCUGGUAGAUCGUAUUAGCGAACCUGACUUCUGGAGUGAGCUGGUAGACCGAAGAGCUACCAUACUGCUCGAAGAAGAGCGGCUGAUAAGCAAUCUACGUACGGCGGUGGACCUGGAACAGACGAGAGCCUCUUCGGUUGCUUUUGGCAAAUCUCAGCAUGCAAAGAAGUCGCCGUCUGUAGCGUUCGAGCGCUACCUCGCGCAGAUCAAGCAGAUUGCUUCGCUCGUGGAAGCUCGAACCCUCAGGAACAACCUCAAGCUUCGCAUUGCUGCCAAAGCAGAGUCCGAUCAGAGGACGGAGAUGUUGCGACGAGCAAUAGCCGCCCUCGACGAGCGGAUACUCAUCCUCGGCAAUACCGAAAAUCAGUCCGCAAAGAGAAAUGGAUCGAAUGGCCCUACUAACGAUGUCAACUUCGCGCAGGUGCUCAAUGAUCCUAUCGCGACCUCAUACUUUUCCGAGUUCCUUGACAUCAGAGGAAGAGGCUACCUAAUACAGUACCACAUCUCUGUGGAUUCCUGGAAAGUCCCUCUGGAGCUGCCCGGAGUUGCGACAGCUAGCUCACUCUCGACCGAAGAUGCCGCUCGUUUUGCUUCGGCCCUUGACCGCCCUAUCUUUUCGUUCCUCUCACCGAGGUACUUGAAGACCUUGCGGUCGUUCCAACAUGAGUCGCAUUCGAUCCCGGAAGUAGAGGCACGACAGGCAAUCCUGGAGUCGCAUCAAGCAGUGCUUGAAGAGCUCUUCGAAGAAGACUGGCCAGCGUUUGGGACAUCCAAACAAUAUAGACUUGCCUGCGCCAUCAUAGCUGAGCAGCAGCAGCAUGUUAGCCAUGACAACGGCGCUAUGACGCCAUUUGAGACUUUAGCUCCUCAGCCUCGAUCGCCUUCGUUUAUUCGCACCUCUCGAGCAGCGUCAGGGACGUCCAUGGAGAAGAACCGCUCUGCGUCUCAAGGGGACAAGAUUCAACGUGGUGCGAACCACGCAGAUCUAUUUGGAUCCGACAGCGAUGACGAUCAAGCCGACAAAGUGGUGGCAGUGGAUCCCACAGGUGCCGCCGCUCGUGAUCAAUCCGCAGAUAUGCAUCUGCAACAAUUGUUGGGCGGUAAAAGCGGUAUGUUAUCCCACCUUGAUGGUCGGUCCCCCCUGUUCAGCGACCCUCUCUUCGACGACGAUCAGCAGGAUGUCCAGACUGUGGCUCUGUCAUCCGAAGGUACACGCUCGUCCGCUCGAGACGAACAGUACGUCCGCUCAGAGACAAUCGACGCACUUCAACAGACGAUCUCUGAUCUCGUCCACACCCCUGUAGCUGAGCGGGAAACGAGGUCAGACAUGAGCCUCAGUCAGAUGUCGGAGCCAAGUCGAGCGAUACAGGAGCUGCGAGCCGCUGGGGCCCCACGGCAGACGGCUACUUCGUCGCUGCAGCCUCCGAGGCCUGACCUGACGCCACGGCGCGCCUCUGCUCCUCAGAUUGCUGCUAGGACAGCUGCUACCACCAAUCGUGUGGCCUCUUUUGACGAGGACAGUCGCCAGAAAGCAGCCGCAACGGGGCAGAGCAUCACAGUCGACCUGGAAGGGGAAGAGGCUGAUCGAUUACGAAAGAAACAACAGAUGCUGACAUCGCAACUGGAUGUCCUGUCGAAGCUAGAGACUCAAUACGAGCUCAUGGGCGAGGCUCUGAAAGAGCAACAGCUGGUGGAAAAGAGCAUUGCAUCCGUCAGGCGCGAGCUGGAAGUAGUCAGCGCGCAUCUCAAGGACGUCGAGCGCUAUGCCCUAGAAGCCGCUCGCACCUCCGUAACGAUUCCCACAUCUACGGUCAAGACAGAUGCGGACGGAAAGACCUACAAUGUUUAUCACAUCCUCGUGUGUAUCAGGCCUAGGGGUGGCGAAGGGCAAGUGGCGACCUGGACAUGCCAUCGCCGAUACUCCGAGUUCGACCUACUUCACUCGGCCCUGCUGGCAGCAAAUCUCCCUCAGCACGCAGCCAUCGAUGCACUGUUUCCGGGCAAGAGACUCGUAGCCCUCAAUUUCACUCCAGGAUUUGUAGAGACUCGUCGAAACGGAUUGGAGAAAUAUCUGCAGAGAGUCGUAGCGUCUCCGGAAGCCUGUUCGCAGGGCGUUUUGAGACGUUUUCUCCGAGAAGGCCCCUUUGUCAUGCUACCAUCACACCAGAACAGCGCCACUGCUGCACUCUCCGGGUCCAAGCUCUCCUUUCCGGGUCAGGCUCUCGUUCGAGACUUGCUUCGCGGCGUCGACGACCUCUUUUUCGGUACCACUCCACUUGUGGAUGUCCUGUCCCACCAUCUAUCGGGCUCAGCAGCAGGAGCAGGAGCAGGUGCGGAGGCCACCAUUACGAAUGCAAUCCCCGGACUAUCGGUGACACAAGCUCAGGCAAAAGAGGCCGCAUCAGCAAGCAAGCCUGGGAAUGGCGUUAUCACGGGUCCGCUGGUGGACCUGCUUGUAGAGCUGCUGGACCUGCGACAAGAUGAAUGGAGAAGAACGGCAAUUGCCGUCGUAGUCCAACAGGUUCUGGGAGGUACUAUUGACCGUCAGGUGCGCACGCGCCUUCGACAGCUAACUUCGGAAGACUACCUAGUGGGCCUGCUGAACUCUUUACAAGAGAGCCUCUGGCCCGGCGGCGUCUUACGGGAGGCAGGUCCCAAAGUGACGAGAGCUCCAGCGGCGAGCGAGGCGCUGAAGCAGCGAGCGAGGUCGAAGAUUGACCUGCUGCUACCCCAGAUGGCCUCUCUAGUGGGGAGGGAGAAGGCCAGAAAGGGCGCACGGCGAUUGUUCAAUACCGUCACACAAAAUCGACGAUUGAAUCGACAUCUGAUCUAUACCUUCCUCGACAUCUUUGUCGAAGAACUUUUUCCCUCUCGAGACGCCAGCUCGAGAUAGCCGCUAGUUCGAGAUAGCCGCUAGUUCGAAAGAGGCCCCUGCUCCUGCUCCGUGCACUUUUGGGCACGCGGCGCUUUGUUCUCCUGAGCAAAGUGCAACGAGGCGCUUUGUCCUCUUCAUGUCUUUGUCGGUUGGACUGCGCGCCUUGUUUUCAUUGCCCAAUAUACCCGCCGUCUUAUCUUCGCUUUUCUUGAAUUUGU